AUGGCGGCCACGGUUGGAGAUUCGGAAAUUACUAAAAGUGAUAAAUAUUCAAUUUUACUACCUACAUAUAAUGAAAGAGAGAAUUUGCCGAUUAUUAUUUGGUUAAUUAUUAAAUAUCUAGAUAACAGUGGUUACGAUUAUGAAGUGAUAGUUAUCGAUGAUGGAAGUCCUGAUGGGACGCAGGAAGUAGCUAAGCAGUUGCAAAAACUAUAUGGGUCACAUAAAAUAAUACUGCGCCCUCGAGAGAAGAAGUUAGGCUUAGGUACAGCUUACAUGCACGGCAUACAACAUGCGACUGGAAACUUUAUUAUUAUCAUGGAUGCAGACUUAAGUCAUCACCCAAAAUUUAUUCCAAGCUUUAUAGAACUCCAAAAGAAAAAUGAUUUAGAUCUUGUAUCAGGCACUCGGUAUAAAGAUGGUGGUGGAGUGUAUGGAUGGGAUUUUAAGAGAAAACUAAUCUCAAGAGGUGCUAAUUUUAUCACACAAUUACUUCUGAGGCCUGGAGCAUCUGAUUUAACUGGCUCUUUUAGGUUAUACAAAAAGGAUAUACUACAAAAAUUAAUAGAUAGCUGUGUGUCAAAAGGCUAUGUUUUUCAGAUGGAAAUGAUUAUUAGGGCAAGACAAUUAGAUUACACUAUUGGUGAAGUCCCUAUAACAUUCGUGGACAGAGUAUAUGGAGAAUCUAAACUCGGUGGAUCAGAAAUUGUGCAAUUUGCUAAAGCACUUUUAUACCUUUUUGCAACAACU